GUUUAUAUACUUUCCCCCUUCACAAUGUGCAUUAAAAUCAUUUUUUAAAAACACUUCCGGGUAAACUAAUUAAAAAGUUGCCCGGAUGAAAUACAACCAUAAUCUUAAACCUGCUGCUGAUUCAUUCACAAUCCUCUUGCAUGCUCAUACAUGCCGGUAAAUUACACCGUUACGCCUUUUUAAAUGAGCAGUGCAACAAAAGGCGGUUUGAAGUUAAACUUCUAGCCAAAUAAGUUGCGCUGGAGGGCACGAAAAAAUAUAUUUUUUAAAUGUCAAACGAUUCAUCACGUUUUAUUAUAAAAAAUGUUUAUGGUGACAUCGUCCGUGUAAGGAAUGUACCAUCAAUAUCUUGUUUUUUACGCACACACCCACCGCCUCCAAAGGACGCGUCUCGCCUGACCGAGUUCAUUAAUGCGAAGAGGAAGGGGAGGAGGGGGGACGCUCUUCAUCUAGGAUAAACUGAGCGCUGCCGUUUCAUUUCACCGCCGCCUCCCGAGCAGCUCAGUUCUCCUCCCUCUCCUUUUUUCUCUCGUCCGGGUGUUUAAGGACCGUCUAUUUCACAUUUCGAUGAAAAGAGCGCAUGUUUUUUUGAUUCUUUCGUUUGUACCCCUCCCAGCCUCACCGGGAAGACCACUCCAGCAGGGCGGCGACGAGAGAAGUUUAAACCGCCCAGCUGCCGCUCACAAGAAGACUCCGGAUCCGAGCUCUCACGAGCCUACACAUCGCUAUCUUUAGUUUUCGUUCUCGUUUUCUUUUUUUGGGGGGCUUGUAACGGUGCAAGUUUAUCAUCGACUUCAGCGAAGUUAGUUUUUUUGAUUACCUUCCUCGAGAUCCAUCCAAAGCCGGCAUCAUGACUCGGAGAUCCUGUGCCAUUUACGCCACCGGGAUCGUGUGCGCUCACCUCCUGAUAGUGGGGAUCGCCCUGGUCGUGGCUCAAGUCUUUCAAACAAUGAUCCACACCCGGUUAAAAAAGGAAAUUACUUUGACCGAGAAUAGCCAAAUGUUUGAAUCUUGGAAGAAUCCACCUCCGCCGGUUUACAUGGAGUAUUACUUCUUCAACGUGACGAAUCCAGAGGUGUUUUUGGCUGGGGGGAAGGCGGCCCUUAAACAGAUUGGACCAUAUACUUACAGGGAAUACAGGCCGCGGGAGAACGUGACUUUCCUGGAGAACGGCACCAAGCUCUACGCCCUGAACCCCAAAACCUUUGUGUUUGUGUCGGAGAAGUCGGCCGGUAACCCCGAGGUCGACAUCGUCAGGACCGUGAACAUCCCGUUUGUGGCGAUCAUGAACGAGCUGAACUCUUACUCCUUCUUCCUGCGAACGCUGGUCUCCAUGUACAUCAACAGCCUGGGCGUCGAGGUGUUCAUGUCCCGCACCGUCCACGAGGUCCUCUGGGGCUUCAAAGACCCGCUGCUCACCAAGGUCCACUCCAUGAAGCCCGAAGUGGACGAACAUUUUGGGCUGAUGUGGAAGAAAAAUGGCACACAUGAAGGAGAGUUUGUGUUCCACACCGGCGAGGAGAAUUACAUGGAUUUUGGCAAGAUCGACACGUGGAACGGCAUGAGGCAGAUGUCGUGGUGGUCUUCCAAUCAGAGCAACAUGAUCAACGGUACGGACGGCGCCGUCUUCCACCCUCUGAUCCACCGCAACGAGCUGCUCUACAUCUUCGCCGCGGAUCUCUGCAGGUCUAUUCAUCUCGCCUAUGUGAAAGAUGUGGAGGUGAAGGGCAUCCCAGCAUACCGCUUCGCCCCCCCCAAAGACGUCCUCAUGAACCCCAAAGACAACCCCAACAACGCGGGCUUCUGUGUGCCGGCCGGAGACUGUCUCGGCACUGGGGUGCUUAAAGUCAGCGUUUGUCGAGAAGGUGCUCCCAUCGUGGUGUCUUUCCCCCACUUUUAUCAAGCGGACCCCAAGUACAUCAACGCCGUCGACGGGCUGAGCCCCAACAAGGAGGAUCACGAGACGUACCUGGACCUGCAACCGACCACGGGGGUUCCCAUUCGUGCCUGCAAGAGAGCUCAGCUCAACAUCAUCCUGAAGAGAGUCCAGGGCUUUCCCAAAACAAAGUUCAUCAAGGAGACCAUUUUCCCCAUCAUGUUCGUCAAUGAGACGGCGACGGUCGACGACGAGUCGGCGUCCCAGAUGAGGAUGAUGCUCCUCAUCGUCACCCUGGUGUCAAACUUCCCGUUGCUCAUCGUGGGCAUGGGCGUCAUCCUGCUGCUGGUGCUCGUGGUCUUGUUCUGCCGAAACCGCCAGAAGAAGAAUGAAGUAAAACGUAUUGAUUUUACUGAAGCUUUUCAUUCUUUUACUACGGUGAAAGACGACACGGCCUACACGCAGGUCAGCGACAAACCCGACGAGCCGUCAGAAACGCCGGCCAGCCAGCAGACGAGGAACGGCUCGUACAUCGCCAUGUCGCCGGUGGAGGCCCAGAAGUGUUGAUCCAGGGUCCCCUAGUCCCCAAGGGAGGACCCUCAGGAAGGGGGGCUGGAGGGAGCAGCACAGGGGGCGUUACAUUACCAUGGCAGGGUGGGGUUUGCAGACACGGCGGGCUGAUUUGUACUUAUUUGGGUGGGGGAGGAUGGGGAGGAAAAAAGGGGGUGGGGACACGCGCUCGACCCAUUUUGAUGUGUAGUCAACAAAGACAUUGCUCCUCUCUCUGAGCCCUCUCGUGACUGUCUGUCCUCCUCGGCCCUCGCUCCCCCACACCUCUUAUUCCUCUUUUCCGUCCUGGUCGGCCUUAAGGGACUCUGGGCGGGCGCGGCCGAGACGCGCCUUUUUAAAUUUUAUUUCUCCAUACUGCUUCUGAGGGAACGCGUAGCACAGUUGUCGCACACACAAACACGCGGACGCACGACCGUCCGAGCAGACUCUGCCGAUCGACGCUGCUCAAAGAGUGUUUUAGUAUUGACCCGAACAGCGGUGGGGGUUGUUACCGACGUAUUCCUGCGCCUUCCUUCCUGUUUUUUUUUUUUUAAAGCCCCACAAAACCGAAUCCUUAGGACAAAAACCCUGAUCUCCUUUCCUGGGAUGAAAACGGAACUUGGCAUAUCCUUUUUGUAAAAAAAAAAACACCCAAAAAAACAGAGGAAAAAAAACAGAGCCAAACUAUUUAUAGCAUUUAUGCCUUUUUUUUUCUCCUAAGGUGAAUAAGUGCACACACACAUACGCACUUCCAGUAUCAGUUCGUCAAAGUGUGUGUGUGUGUGUGCACCUUUUUACCGAACAAUUGGUGUCCUGUUUUGAUGGGAAAUGUUUUUUGACCCCCCCCCCCUGUCCCGCCCCAAGAUCUUCCCAGAACACUCGUUAAAACAACAUUCAGCUGCAUUUCCAAGUCAUCAUGAGUGACGGUGAUGACCAUGAAAUUACCACCAGUCGCUUGAUAGAGUUGCACCUUUUUGUCCCUCUUUUUUUUUCUUCUUCCUAGACCUCAUCACGCAUGAAAGAAAACACCCAGAGAACUUACAAGGGAGACGUGAACCUGCUUUCUGCCUUAUUGACGGUUCAGCGUGUUUUAUGCUCAUCCAUUGUUCACUAAGCUGGAAAUCUCUCCUGUCGUCCUUGUACAUAUGUAAAAGAGGAAGAUGUUGAGAUGCCUCCCGACCAAAUCCAGCAAGCAGUCCUUCGAUCUCUCCCGCACGCCCACACUGUCACGUAUUAGAGAAAGCACAACUUGGAUUGAGAAAACCAGUCCUCACACAAGACUACCAGGUUUUUGUUUUGUUUUUGGUCCUACCAUUACAUAUAUAUAUAUAUAUAUUAUUUUUUACAGCUGAUUUGUCAAAGAUACUGUCAAAAGUGGCAUGAAUAUUUAACAAACAAAAGUGUAAUGGUUUUGGGAGAGCCCUGCGCACCCCUCGCCGCGGCGUGCAGCACUUGAAUCACGGUUUUGUCUUAUGUUUCUCGUGUUCUCGUGUUUCUGUCCGCCACCUCCAAACCCCCCAGUGGUAGUCUCCAAUCGGGGAAAGUGAAUUUAAGGCCAUAACACUGUCGACGUGGAAAAAUCUCUGCAUUUUGCCUGGAAAUUGUGCCCUGUGUAUUUUCAUUGUUCGUUUUUUGUUUUGUUUUUUUGGUUCUGUUCGUUUCAAUGCAGGUGGUCCACAUGUUCAAUACAUUUCAACGGUUUGUUAUUAUUAGUUAUGAAGGAUGUUUUAUCCACACAUCCAUUACUUGCUUUUAUAGCACACGGAGUGUCUUCUUUUGAUAUACUUUUGUAUUUGUUAUUGCUGCUAAAAAAAAAUAUCGCCAUAACCUCUGGACUUGUAUUUGUACAUAACGUGUACAUGUAUGCUCGUAUUCUACUUCAGGUUGAUCCGCAGAGGCUUUGACUUCAAGGCUUUCUGCGCUGCCGACCCCUUUGACACCUGAGCACAAGAUACAAAGGUCCAAAGCUUGCUGCCAUUUAUUGGAAUUAGCAGUUAGUUAUCACGAGCAACACUUUGUGUACAUGUAGCUCACUUAACGCACUCAUUCCUCUUAUUAGCAAAUCAUGACCAUAUCGCAUGUAUUGUAGGAGUAGUUAGCCUAACAGUUCGCUAGAGGCGCCCCCAAAAAAAGGGCGGCCCGCUUGGCUGAAGAUCGGUGUCAGAAGUCUGAAUCCGGGAUUAAUAACACUGGUGGAGAGGCUGGAAAGAACUCCUCAAGGUAGAAUCCAUUUCACUAAAAGCCUUUUUUUAUUCCACCUACAUGCAAGCAACCACCGCCUUGUGCACACUCGCAGACCAUCGCUAUGCACCCUUUUUUAAGAACUUGAACCUUAGAGACUUUAAUCCCGAGAGUGGUGUGUGUGUUCAGCGUCUGUUCAAACACACACCCGAGCCCUCCGCUGGCCGACCUCGACGACACCGACCUUUGAGCCAAUCCUUCGAGCCAAUCGGCUCGUCCUCGCUUGACCAAAGAUAACCCAAUAGAUCUGCCCCGGCGCCGUGUUUACUCUCCUCCUGAUAACGGUUGUACCACAAAACCACCGCCCGCCCAAUUUUUCUGUUUCCUCCUCCUUUUUUUUUUUUUUUAACAUUUUGCCACCACUUAUGUGAAGUAUUUGCAGUGCUGUUGUGUGAGCGUGAACAUGUGUCGAUGUGCCUUUUCUAUACAAAGGCAAGAAAAGAAAAAGAAGGCGUUUCACAAGUUGGAUUGAUGGGUAUUGCUUUUUUUCUUUUUUUUUGUCCGCCACCACAAGAGCAAACAAAAGUAAACAAUGCUCUCUGUGAGCAGAUCUCAGUAUUAUGUAAGAUGAAGCAAUACAGAGUUGUGUAAAAAUAAAUAGAUUUGUAAGGAGUCCACAAAUUAUUUAUGUUUCUCCCUUGAAUUUUUGUUUUGUUUAUUUAUAGUUGUGUAGAAGUAUUUCCCUUUUUUUCCCUGUAGCUUUUAUUUUUUUAUUUGUUGUGGUUCUAUUAAGUAUUUCAUUAUUGAUCAUUUCAAUUUUCUUUUUUUUCCACACUGAAGAUUACAAAAAGUGUAAAAAAAAGAAAUAUGGACCAGUACGUGCCACUGGGAGCUGUCCGAGGCUUGUAAAAAGAAAAAUAAUGUGUCAGAGUGAUGAAUGGUUAAAGAUUUGGGUGUUUGAGAACUUUGUACAUGUUUGUGGAGCCGAUGGACCAUUUCUGUCAAAACUGGAGUGAUUUUUACUGGAAGGCUGAUUAUCUUGACUGAGUAAAGUAACACGUUGAUGCUGUGUAAACCCAUCUAGAUGAAUGAAGCCCUCCUUCGGGGAUGAGCACUAGUGCCAUACCAUCCUUUUAUUAUUCUUUUCCUUCAUUUUGCUCUUUGGUGUAACAACCGCGUCUCACCCAUUUCGAUGUUCUGAAGUCACUAACAAGACGCUUCCUCUCGAGAUAUAUACUAAUUUGUUUUGCUGCUGAAAAUGACAAUCCUUGUCAUGUGAGGUGCAAAAUGGAUAAUAAGUAAUAUCCAAUUUUUAGUUUUGAUAAUUUACACUGCACAUAUGUUUCUACAGUGCUUUUGUAAACAUUUAUAGUGUAUUUGCAAAAAAAAAUAAAAGUUGCCGAAAAGUGGAAAUUACA